AUGUUCAAAUAUUUGCUCUGCCUUGCCCUCAUCGGUUGCUCAUGCGCCGACAACAUCAACAAGGACGCACAGAUUCGCAGCUUCCAGAACGAAGCAUCCGAUGCGGAGGGCAACUAUCAGUAUGCCUACGAGACCAGUAACGGCAUUCAAGUCCAGGAGGCGGGCAAUCCCUCGGGCGUUCGCGGUGCGCUCUCCUACAUCUCUCCCGAAGGCGAACAGAUCUCGUUGAGCUACACGGCCGAUGAGGAGGGCUACCAUCCCGUUGGUGACCAUCUGCCCACACCGCCUCCAGUUCCGGCAUACGUGCUCCGUGCCCUCGAGUACAUUCGCACACAUCCGCCAGCACAGAAGGACGAGCAAUAA